GCGGUGUAUUCACGACGUCUCUGCUCUUCGUCGCCGUCUUGUCACCGCGAAAGUUGACAGUUCGCGCGUUGACAGUUCGCCGAUUGAUCGGCGCGACUCUUUUGGCGCGCGAUCGCGAGCUUCGACUCGAUUUUUUCGCGAUUUUUUCGCGCGCUGUCAAAAAAAAAUCAGAUCUUAAAUCACGGCGCUAUCUCGAAAUUCCGAGACAAGAAGAGAUCACCCUUCGGUCUCUCGAUGUCGCGAAUUUUUUAUUGAAUCGUCGCGGCUGAUCGAGCUUCCGGCAAAUCCAGCGAGCGAGCGAACGUCGUCUUCGCGACUUUCGCGAGGGCGCGCGUCGUCGUUUUUAGCAAUGAAUUUAUCUUUAGAAUUUCAAGUUCGUCGACUCCGCGCAGACCUCGUAUGAGCGCAUUACUGAAUUGGCAAAGCGACGCAAUUCUGCGGUGUUUUUCGUCAACCCGACGCCGGGUUUUCCUUCUCAAAGCUGUCGUAUCGUUUUUACGUGAACGUGAACAGUUUUUACGCGUGUCGCACGUUGUAUAAAUCGCGUGAGAGCGAAACGGACGGGCUUCUCGCGGUUCCGCUGGCCGGUUCAUGUCACGAGGAUGCUGGCGUGCGUCUAUCCGCGGGAGAACUUCGAGGUGAAAACCGUGGCUGUAAAGCUUCAUCAUGGAAAAUCCAGGAGAAAACCCAAGUCCGUCGUGGUAAGGGAAAAAGUUGCCACGGCCACCACGGAGUCCACAGGAUGCAGCAAUGGCGAGCGGGUGGGACACGAGUUAGCAGUGGGCGGGGGUGGUGCUGUGCUGGUGCUCAGCGAGCUUGAAAGCAUGGCAGCCAGGCAACAGCGGGAAAUCGCUCAGCAAAGGCGCCUCCUGGAGCAGAAAGAGGCCCGCUUAGCCGUGCUUCGAGGCGCACAGGAGCCAGCACAGCAGGACAGACUCGCUAGAUUGAGGCACAAACUGGACCAACAACAGAGCAAGCUGAAUCGACUGCGAUUACUCAGAUCGCAGACGGAUCAAUCACGUGUCAACAAUGCGACAUUGACUUCCGAUCUGGACUGUAUCAGAGCCCUGUUCAAUGAGAAGGAGAAGGAGCUUUCGCUGGCGGUGGCGAAGGUCGAGGAGUUGACGCGCCAGCUGGAGGAACUCCGGGGUCGUCAAAAUGCCCCCGCCGGCGGUGGAAGCGCCGGCAACGUCGGGGGUGGUCUCGCGGGUGCCACCGGCAACGGACACCUGGCCACCCCGGCUAGCGCCGAACUGGAGAAACUUAGGAGAGAGCUUAUGUAUCGCAAUAAGAUGAACGAACAGCAAAACCAAAUGGUGUCUCAACAACGUCAGGCUCUAGCUCAACGACAGGCCGAGAUGGCAUCGAUAGACGCACGAAUAGCUCAGCUCCAAAGUCGUCUUCAGCGCAAGAGAGCGUUAAAUCAGCGAUUGGCGCAUCAACUAGGUCCUAAUGGAGGUGGCGGACGUGGCGUCGUCAGCGGCGCCAAUAAUGCAGGAUUCCCGGACACGAAGCUCGAUGGCUUUAACAACGGCGGCAAGCUGAGGCCGACCGGCAACAUCGCCGCGAUCGAGCCGUACUCGCACAUACCGAACGACAACGAUUUCAAUCUCAACAAAAACGACCCCAAGUACCAGACACUGCCGUACAAUACCAAGUUCACGGUGAACUUCAAGACCAUAGAGGACGAUGUUAACAAAAACAAGAUACAACACUCGGCGAGCGCCUCCCAGUUGGGACAGCGGCCGACCUUUCAGCAAUACGGACACCAAAUCGUUCACAGUCAGUCGCAAUCGCACAUUCAGGGGCAAUCUCAAUUAUUAGGAAGCAAUCAGCAGCAACAACAGCAGCACAAUCAAAAUCUCGGCAAUCAACCCGCGACGAUUCAGUCGAGUACCUAUAAUAAUAACAAUAACAAUAAUAACAACAACAACAGUAACAACUUCAACUCGGACAAUCUGUCACAAGGUCUUCGUCUUCAUCAGAGCCAUCAACAACAAUCGCAGACACAGCAACAUCAGAAUAGCAACGUUCAGCAAAAGCAACACAACGUGACUGGCAUUAGCGGCGCAUCGACGACAUCGAAUGUCGUCGGUGUGACCGUUCCGUCGAUCACACAAACCGCGCAGAACUCUCAUCGAAAUCUACAACAGACCGUAGGUGGACAUCAGAAACCAGUAUCAAGCGUGGCGCCGAGUUUUUCCGUCAAGUCGCAGAUCUAUCAGACCUCGUCGACCAAGAUUCAUCCGGUGAUGCCGCAAACAUUGAGUCUAUUGGGUCGCGGGCAUAACAAUAAUAACAACAACAAUACGGCGCAAAACUACAUUGGCAACAAUCAGCAGCAAGCAGCAGUGACCACGCAGCUACAAUCCAAUGUAGGAAAUCAAGAAACGAAUUAUAGACACGGUUACUCCGGUGUUCAACAACAACAACAGCAGCAGCAGCAACAACAGUAUCCCAAUCAGGCUGGUAUUCAUGCAUCUUCGCCGGCAGCCGUCUAUCAGGCUCAGAAUUCGUCGAAUCUCACCGGUUUUCAUGGUACUGUCGCGACUACGUUUGGCAAUUCUUCCCAGAAAUAUAAUCAAUCGUCGCAGAUAUCGAGUUCUAACGAUCUCGUGCAGAAUCAGGACCAAAACCAGGUAUUGAACAGUCAGAAGGUCAAAUUUGAGCCAGGCAAGAGUCAAGAUAAGUUUGAACAUGCAUUACCAUCCAGUAAUAAGCAUGAACAACAACAGCAGCAGCAAAAUAGGUACGAUCAGAAUCUCACGAGCAAAUAUGAAUCUCAGCAACAAAGUGGCAAGCAUGACCCAGUCGGAAUUCAGGCGAAACACGAGCAGCAUCUGCACAACGUCAAGUACGAGUCCGGUUGCCAGAAUUCGCAACAGUAUAGCAAACACGAGCAACAACAACAGCAUGAAGGAAGAUUACCGAUCAAGUAUGAUCCGACGUUCAAGCACGAGCCUUCGAAUACUAAUCAGUAUAAGACGGAAUACAAGCCGGAGUCAAACAAGUAUGAAAGCGGUCAGAGUAAAUUCGAAGCGAUGCCGACCAAAUAUGAACAGAAUUCCACAACGAAACAUGUAGUUGAUCACGUAAUCGCCAAGUUUGAGAUUCCCGCGAAAACGCCGUACGAGUUUGACAGCAGAUCGACGACCAAGAAUAAUGACGGUGAGAGGAAAAACUUCAAUGAAUCGCGAAUGGAUGAUAAGACAAAGCCGGCACUACCACCGAAACCAAGCAAACCAAAUCCACCACCAAGACUGACUCAUCAUGAGAAGGCCGAUGUGCCGUCUGAAGGCGUUAAUGAGGGCAAGAUGACUAACGCGAAUCUCAAUUCGAGGUCAGAUAAGGACGAGGAUAUACCGCCAAUUCCCACGUCCGAGCCGCCGGAAUCUCCCACGGAGACACAGCUGGCAAAUCAUCAAAUCAUCAAGGCUCGGCCACUGACUCUGAAGAAAGCACCGAUAUCGGAGCAGCCUAAGCUGAGAUACAAAUCCAAUGUCCACGUAUCGAUAAAUCGACGAAUUGAAAUGCCCCCGGCCUUCCUGUUCCCGGAAACGGAAAUCCCGGCAGAUCUUAUGCAGACCGAGCAACAACAACAGCAGCAGCAGCAGCAAUCUCAACAACAAAUUAUCGAUACUACGGACAACUGUAAGAGCUCUGUUAUAGGCGACGAUAUUGGUGACGGCGAGAAACUAGAAGAAGCGGAUAUCAUCGAUGCUUUGAAUGUCAUCAACAUCGAGGAUAAGCCAUCGAAGAUGAAGACUGACUCGGAACUAACUGGCGAAGUGGAAAUAGACGGAGGCAAGAUUUCAGAAGUGAUGAGGAGGAAAAAGGGAAAUCUCAAGUCAUCGAGCACAACAGGGACCGGAAGCGGCAAAGUCAAUUUAUCCAGGCGGGUAUCGUUCGAUCCGUUAGCGUUGUUGCUCGACGCUAGUCUCGAGGGAGAGCUUGAACUCGUUAAGAAGACUGCGAAGGAAGUUGCCAAUCCGAGUUCCGCCAAUGACGAGGGUAUUACUGCUCUGCACAACGCCAUAUGCGCCGGUCAUCUCGAGAUCGUCAAGUUUCUCGUGGAAUUCGGUUGCGAUGUUAAUGCCCAGGAUAGUGAUGGAUGGACACCAUUACAUUGUGCUGCUAGUUGUAACAAUCUAUCUAUGGUGAGAUUUUUGGUCGAACAUGGAGCCUGUAUCUUCGCAACCACUCUUUCGGAUCACGAAACUGCCGCGGAGAAGUGCGAGGAGGACGAGGAAGGCUUUGAUGGAUGUUCAGAGUACUUAUACAGUGUUCAAGAGAAAUUGGGAAUCAUGAACAAUGGUCAGGUCUACGCUGUUUUUGAUUACGAGGCACAACAUGCUGACGAGCUUUCGUUGAAGAAUGGGGAUUCCGUAGUCGUACUUCGAAAGGGCGAUGAUAACGAACGAGAAUGGUGGUGGAGCAAACUCGGGCAUAAAGAAGGCUAUGUACCUCGGAAUUUAUUGGGGUUAUAUCCCAGAGUACAACCAGCAAAAACGGUUGACUAAAGAGUUUCGUGCUCGCAGAAUAUCCGACGAUUAUUACAGUAUUCGAUUUGCAGCUUUAUCUUGUUAAUUGUUAUACACACGAUACAUAGGCACAUUAGUAGCAUUAUUUAAUAGCAUCUCAUUGCCAUCCGGAGCGGGAUUCUACCAAACCUUUUAACAAAUGUAAUAAUUUCUUAAUUUUACAGAGUAAUUUUUUAUGACUUAAAAAAACAAAGAUUGCAUCAUCGUAGACUUCUCAAUCAGCGAACGGUUAAGAUUUGCCAUAAUGUAAAUUGAACGAUUGCGCAAACAUACUCGCAUUAUUGACGAUGUAUAUACAACAUUUGUUUGAAUAUGACUCUUUUCUUUUCUUAUUAUUUCGAUAGAAUAGGGACGUUUUAAUAAUAGAUUGUAUGUACAAUUUUAUUGGUCGAUAUCUAUUCGUUUUUAUUGCAUAAUCGCAUGCGCACAGUCUCAUUCUUUAAUUUGAAAGUUUAGUUAAGAAUUAGUGAGACAUUUCGCGUACACACACAAUUGCAAAUCACUAAAUCACUUAUUAUAUAGCAUUAUAUCUUUCAAACAAAAGAAUUGUAUCUUUUUAUUAUAUACAGGAAUCUAUCCUGUAAUUGUGAAAGUGAAAGUGCAUGCAUAGCAUUAAAUCUUGUGAAAUUUAGAAUCGAUUUUUGUUAAUGAAAGUCUCUUUUGCUAUUUACUUAAGUUUUAGAGAUAUUAAAAAAAAUAGCGGAAUUUUUUUAUUGUUUAUUUUAAAC